CUUAAUGACUGGUGCUCCCAGAAGUCUUUACGUUCUUAUAACAGAGCACCGCGGAGGAGCGUUUAACUAGGAAUAUUAUGCCUCCUUCUUUGCCAAUGUUGCUUAUUGGACUAGGGCCGACGUCGAACUUGAGACCUCUGGGUUCUAAGCCAGAACUCUAACCACUUCACUGCUGCAACUUUAAUUCGCUAACCCAGCAUAUCAAAUAGUCACAAACGAAAUUUCUUGUAACAAAGCGAACUUCGUUAUUUGAAAAGUAAAAGAAUUUUAGCUGAGCUUAAAACUUUCUCUUUUUGAAGUCUACUACGGAACAGCUACAAUCACAAAUCCAAAUUAAAACUCUUGGAUCAUUUAAGUUUUUUUGCUUGAAAAAACCAAACCAAAACCUUAUAUUUCAAAUUAAAGUGGUUUGCAUUAAACCACUUUUAUUUUACGUUCAGCAGCAGACGUUUUAUGGUUGAAAACUGGCUGAUAAUCAAUGAAGGAAGCUUUUGAUGUCUUGGAAGGAUCGGCAAAACCCUAUUCUUUCCUUACAGCUCUCCUAUUUCCAACUUUUUUAACAAGCAAUCUUUUUCUUUUUCCAAUGGCAAAAGUCACAAGAGAGCAAGUGUUAUAAAGACAGGCUGCAAAGCGACCAAAAAAACGACGGCUAUUGAUAAAUUGAUUCAGGAAUACAAAAGUUACAAAAGAUUUAAAAUAAAUCAUGGUUUCUCUAAAUCUGUUAAAAGAACAACGAUCAUUGAUGAAAAGGACAAUAAUAUUGGAACUCAAACUUCACCCGAUACCAAAAUCACAAGCGUUUCGGGUUACGUAAAGUCUCGUGUCCAACCUAAACAAACUCGUUUGCGUCCUAAACAAAAAGCAGCACAUGAAACCUAUGAAGAGCGCCACAAAAGUGUUGUCGAUAGUAUAACGUUUGUUGCACCACAACCAAAAAAAAAUUUAAAAUUAAUUAUGUCGAAUCCUCAUCCUGACGAGAAUUUGUUGCUAAAACUUCUUCCGCUUAACGCAAAGAAUUUUCCAGGUCGUGUUUUAACAGAGGAUAGCUCCAACGAAUAUCAUUCAAGUAAUAAAACAGAAUCGUCUCAAACAGACUCAAGAAUAGAAGAAUCAAAAAACGUCAUGAAAAUAAAGACUAAACCCAAAUCCUUAGAUGAAAGCCAUAAGACAUUAUCUAAAAACAAAAAAGUUUAUCCGAAGCCACGUACUAACAACUUAACUUUUUUGAACAUAAGUGAUUCAAAAAAACCUCAUCAAAGAUUUUUUAAAUUUAAUGAAGAAUCAAUUGAAGCAACUAAAGAGAGCGAAAAUAUUAAAGAAGAUAAAGACCAUGAAGCUCAUAAACGUAAAAAUACCGAGUAUUUUGAGGAAGAUAAUUACCUAGAAAAUCAUGAGAGAGAUAAAAACAGCGAGUUUUACGAAAAAGAUACAAAAAAAGACAGUAAAUUUCGUGAAAAAAAUGUUAACUCUGAACUUUACGAGAAAGAUAAAGAAAGAAAAGUGCAUGAAAAAGAUAAAAACAGUGAACUUCGUGAAAAAGAUAUAAAUUCUGAACUUUACGAGAGAGAUAAAGAUAGUGUAUUGCAUGAAAGAGAUAAAAACAUUUUGUAUGAAAAAGAUAAAAACAGUGAAUUUCUUGAAAAAGAUAUAAAGCCUGAAUUUUAUGAGAGAGAUAAAGAUAGCAAAAUGAAUGAAAGAGGUAAAAACAGUGAUAUUCGUGAAAAAGAUAUAAAGCCUGAAUUUUAUGAGAGAGAUAAAGAUAGCAAAAUGAAUGAAAGAGAUAAAAACAGUGAUAUUCGUGAAAAAGAUAUAAAUCCUGAAUUUCACGAGAGAGAUAAAGAUAACAAAUUGCAUGAAGUAGUUAAAAACAGUGAAAACAAAGAGAAAAAUAAAUUCAGUGAAAUUCUUGAAAAGAACCAGGAACAUCACAAAGAAAACAAUGAUUUAACAGCAGAAAGCAAAACGGCUCUAAAAUAUCCCCAAAAUAGACACGCAAAAAAUGCUGAAAAUCGAACAUCACUAAAAAAUCAACUUCAAAUAAAUAAUCUUCAUAAUUUUAAUGGAAUAGCAAAAAACGCAGAAAAAAAUACACAGUUUAAUCAAGAAAAGUUUGAUAUAGAACUUAAGAAACAUGGGAACAGCACUUUUGAGAAAUUAAACAAAAAGCAACAUAAUUUAAAGCAAAAAUUCACAUCAGUGGGUCAAUUCAAAUCAGAUUUAGGAUUAAAAUUAAAGGAGUACAUUGUACAUGACAGCUUUAAAACAGAGGAAGACCAAGUUUUAAAACACCCUGAACGCUCUGAAUACUUUAACCAAAGCACAGUUUUUCACAGUUCUAAAAAUCACCCAAACUUACACACAAAUCUUUCAUCGACGGUAAAAAAUAUUUUUUCUAUUUCGUUAGCAAAUACUUCAGUAAUAAAAGCAGCUAACAAACAGCAUAAAGACAAUAACUUAUACAUAAACUCUAAAAUAGAAUCAAUUAAAAAAUCUCCACGUAAAAAAUGGAAGACUAUAAGAAAACCAUUAGUUCAAAAUAUACACAUAAAAUCGUUUGAAAAAUCUCAAAACAAUUUUCACAAAAAACAUUAUCACAGAAAUAAACGCCCUGUAAUUUUAGUUGCUAAAAUAGCUGACGAUCUCGACCGCAAUACUUUUGUUGAAGAUAUUUUUCGAGCUUUAGGAAUAAGUGAUAUUUUAAAAGUUGAUGUUUCUAGAGACCAAGAUGAAGAAUUGCACUACGGUGAUGACGAACUCUCUGGAGAUUCACAAAGUGUAAAAAUAAACCAUUUUGAAAGUUAUCCGGAAAAUAAUAACAUAAAAACCCGGGAAAACAAUUCUCUUAAAAGUAAGAGUUUACAUUUCCCUAAAACGUCUGUAAAACAGACAAAAUUUUUAUCAUCGCAUGCUUUAAAGUCAGUUCGGUUACACGAUGCGGUCGGACAUAUAGUGAACGAUUAAAACAAACCUAGAAAACGAUUAAAAAUGAACCUAGGUACUUUUUGUAAUUAAGAAACCAACAAAAAUUUUUUAUAACUUAAUUAUUGUCUAUAGUAUGUAUUAUUAUAUUAUUUAUCUUUAAGUCUAUUUUAUACUGAAUAAAAUUAUUUUAACAAUUUUCAAUAAAAUGUAUCCAUGAAAACAAGUACUUAACAAAUUAUUACUAAUCACUUAUGAAAA